ACUACAGAGGGUGGAGCUAUGAGGGGCCAGUAGGAGGAGCGAGAUGGAAUUAUUGGGAUGGAGGUUUGGUUACACUUUUAUCCAACGAGUGAGGGACAUACGAGGCAAAGGUACAUUCCAUGUGCUUGGGAGAUCGCAUAAUUGAGUUCGACUAAGGAUGUCCUAAAACGGCCACUGUAGUAUCCCCCCGCGUCUCGCCGCCUGCAGAGUAGUUCUGUGUAACCAGAGUGUCUGAAAUAGCCGAGGAGGAGAAAAGCCGAAUCUUUGUCGCCUCCCUAAGAAACAGCGCCUGCCUCCAAGGACUUAAUUGUGGCAUCGGGCUGGGAGUCAGUCGCACGCUGCGCUGUAUAUUGUCAGCUGGGAGAGAGCGCUCUCUGCUCUUCGUCACUGGGAAGAGGAAGUGACAGCGUUGCGGUGACAUUGCCCCUGAGUGAGCCCGUGUGGCCUCGCAGUAAUGCGCGUUAUUGUUACUGAUGGGAUUGAGAUAAUAACGCGCUCACUCGCUGCUCCUUAGUGUCCCGGACAAUCCACGGAGAGCUUUAUCCAUCAGUCCGACCGGCUCUUAGGCGCCGUCUGUCCUGUCCAGCAGCCUGAGCAGCCCGGCGUGUCCGUGCAGAGGAUCUGUCCAUCAGCGGGUGCUGAAGCGUCGCCAUGUCUACUGCUUUCUACCUCCUCACCUCCCUGGGGGGCUAUGUGCUCACCUCGGCUCUGCUGCUCAAGUUCCCCGGCCUCCUGCACAAGAAGAAGCAACAGAAGUUCCGCUGUAGGCACAUAUCUCACCGAGGGGGUGCAGGAGAAAAUUUGGAGAAUACAAUGGCAGCUUUCCGACAUGCAGUCUGCCUGGGGACAGAUAUGCUGGAGCUCGACUGCCACCUUACAAAAGAUGAACAGGUUGUGGUGUCACAUGAUGGGAACCUGAAGAGGUCAACUGGUGUCAAUGUCAACAUACCAGAUCUGAACUACUGCGACCUGCCUCCCUAUCUUUGCCAACUAGACGUGACCUUUGAGAAAGAUUGCUGCUGUAAUGGUGGAGAGGACAAAUGCAUACCUCUGCUGAAAGAUGUAUUUGAAGAAUUUCCAAACAUACCAAUCAACAUAGACAUCAAAGUUAAUAACAACAUUCUUGUUAAAAAGGUCUCUGAGCUGGUGAGGGAAAAUAAAAGAGAACAUCUGACUGUGUGGGGCAAUGCAGACUAUGACAUUGUGCAGAAAUGCCACAGGGAGAACUGUGACAUCCCUCUGCUCUUCUGCUUUCAACGAGUCCUGCUCCUGGUUGGUUUAUUUUACACUGGACUCCUGCCCUUCGUUCCUCUUCGAGAACAAUUUCUGGAGAUUCCAAUGCCUUCCAUCAUCAUGAAGCUUAAAGAUCCCUCCAAAAUGAGCCGGGGUCACAAGUUUGUGGUGUGGCUUGCAGAUGCAUUAAUAAUGAGAAAGGCACUUUUUGAUCACCUGACAGCAAGAGGGAUUCAGGUGUACAUAUGGGUAUUAAACAAUGAAGGGGAAUACAAACGAGCGAUUGAUUUGGGUGCUACCGGCAUAAUGACAGACUAUCCCACCAAACUCAAAGAGUUUUUGAAAAAACAUUCCUGUUGAAUAACCACUUCAGAGAUGCGUCACAGCCUCCAGGAAUGAGCAGCGCCAAUCAUCCGUCUAUACUGUACAUCUUCAUACCUCACACUUGGCAGUGUAAUAAAGUAGAGAAUACUUAGGUACCUGUACAUAUACGUAUGUAACAGGAUCUUAUACAGUUUACAUUUUAAAUAGGUAAUGAGAGUAUGGACUAAACCACAGUACUGGAUAUAUUCAAGGACUGAGAGACAAUGAUCAAUGAACACAGCCUAACAGAAACUGUAUGACAUAUUUAAUUGUUCCGAAUGUUUGUUUUAAUGAUUGCUUCAGUUGUGAAUUUUCCCUUCAUUUUAAUGUAUAUGAUCAGAUCAUGUAACGAGUAGAAGUGGGUGGUAGGGAAUUGAAUGAUCUCCCUUCAGUAACAGAAGAAUUGUUACUUUAUGUUCCUUUUGGAGACCUUGAGGGUUGUAGGAAGGGAUUGAGCCUGCUGAACUAGAACUCUCAACACACACAGAUAUAUAUAUAUAUAUAUUAGGCAGAAAGGGGAUCUAUUUACAUAGUGUACUUUCUCGGUACAAUAGUGAUGACGCAAAUAUCCCACCAGCCCAGUCCCAACCCUGACUGUCAGCGACUCCAGCAAUAAGAAUAAGUAGAACAAGUAAUACCAUUGCCCACUUCUGUAAUGGAAACAGUUACUCACCAUGCUUCUGAUGGCGUCUAAGAUGGCAGCGUCCUGCCUCUCCAUGUGGAUCCUGAUGGUCACAGCGCUGUGACGUCAGCGUCUUCUUGACCGCCGAUUGGUCGUCGGCGUCAGAACACCAGCGUCAUGACGUCAUCGCGUCCAAACUUUUGGCGCCAGUACCUAUUUAAAGGAGCUUGGACACUGCAAACAUUGUACAAGUAUAAGUUUCACUUUGUGUAUUCCUGGGUGUGAUUAUAGCUUGUCUUAUUGAUUCUUGUGUACCAACUUCUGCCUGUUUAAACGUAUUGACCGUUCUCUGCCUGAAUUGGACUAUUGCCUGGACUUUGACCAUUCUCUUGCCUAACCCUCCUGUUACCUCGAACCCAGGUCUAACUAACUGUCUCCUCCUAGGUCCGCACUCCAACUGUGCCUUCGGGCCCUUACAACAUCAUGAUGAAAAAGUAUUUAUUAUAAGGUAUUUUUGAACUGUGUAAUUAAAUGAGAACUAAACCCAAAAGUUAAAAAAAACCCUACCCCCCUAACCUACAUAGACCCCCUCCCCCCCAGUCUAGCUGCUAUCCUGAUCAAAUGCCCCUAACUCUUUACUUACCCCUCAGUGCAGAUUCUGUCCAGCGGAGUUUACGGGCGCCAUUUUCAGCCGCUUCGGAUUGAGACGUGCACUUCGGUAAUUUUUGUGAGUUUUGGUGCACGUGCAGUUGUCGCGAAACAGAAAAUUGCAAUAACUGCGCAUGCGCCUCUUCGCAUUAGGGGCAUUUGCCCGGGGUAGCAGCUAGUCUGUGGGGGGGAGGGAGAGGGGGUCUAUGUAGGGUAGGGUUUUUUUUUACGUUUGGGUUGAAUUCUCCUUUAAAAGUUUAAAGGGCAUUUGUGAUUUUGUGAGUGUAGAAUGAAUAAUAUCCGUAAACAAUAUAAAUAUGAGCAGAAAUCCUAGGAGACAGGUAUGUGAUAUAUUAUCCACAAUUCUUGUGGGCUAGGAUUUUCUGAAUAAGACUUCCUUCAACAACUUGAAAUCUCCAUACUAAAAAACAUUUAAUAAAACAAAUGUUAAACCCAAUAGGAUAUUAUGCAUCUUAAAUAUCUUCAAAUGAGAAAAUGGAAGAAAUCAAAAGCAUUUGACUCAAGACUUUCUGAAUACGGGGGUUUCAGGAUACAUAUCUCAUAUGUCCACAGCAUAGUGAGAAGCCUCCUGGAUCCUGAUCUGACCUUUAGAGUGUGUGGGUGAUUUUUCUUGAUCUGGUUUUUGUAGUGUUAGACUUUGAUUAUAUCCAUAAUUGUGUCUCUUUUACUUGGUGUCAAUCCCAGACACUUGCACCUGUCUCUUUCCCAUGAAUCCAGCCAUGAACCUGUUUGUGAAGAAAAGGCUUUAUCAUGGCUAUGGCUUUAUUGAACUGUAGCUGGGGUGUUAGAGUCCAGGGCAGGUGCCUCUGUGUUUUUUUUUUUAUAAUAAUAUAUAAUAUACAGAAAAAGAACGGGGUGGAGUCGGGGUGGUUAAGGGCAACAUAUCUAUGCAAAAUAUGAAAUGUGGUGACAAAAAGCAUUUAUAUUCUUAAGAUAUUUAUUCUGGCUGAUUUAUUGGAUUUUCCAAUAUAAUUGUAAUUAAAUACAUGUAUAACUAUAUGACUGAGCAAAUGAAAGCCUGAAAUAUCUGCAUAUUUGUAUUUUGUGACUGUAGUGAACCAGUUCUGUAUUAUUGACUUUAAUAAUCAUAAGAGCAUUUAUUAGCUAGAGAUGUUCAGCAUCAUUUACACAUCCAGACUGGAUCCUUUGGAAGCACAUAUGUCAUGAAGACUCUAUUGGUCCAGAAAGAAAAUUGGGGGCUGCAUGUAGUCCCAGACCUUUAUAGUAGUACACUGUGUAUUACUCUGAGCCUCUAACCUUUCUACUUAAACCCAUAGACUCUCGCCUCAGUUCCACCGGUUAUGAAAAAUGUUUAUGUUGGAAUUAUCAUGCAUGUGAAUGAAGGUACUUAUGGGCAUUUAUUGAUCUGCACAGAACACAGACAUUUGCCGAUUUGUCAAACAAGGCUUUAAUGUUUAAUGAAUACAACUUGUGGUUUUGGUUUUUUUUAAGUGUGGGAUUAUCCCUUGUUUUUGCAUCCUUAGGGCAUUUUAGAAAUUCUAGAAUGAAACUGAAAGUGCUGAACAUUGCUAAUUUCAGAUAAAGGGUAAAAUAAAUAAAAGCUUGUUUUUCUUAAA